AACAGAGUGGGGCUGUGACUUCCUGUGGUUCUUUAUGCGACCUGAAAUUGUGUUGGACUUUUGAGCUGCUGUGUCACGCUGUGGUCUCACAUCCCAUUGUCUCCAUUCCUUCUGUAGUGGGACAUGCAGUGCUGGCCAUCAACGGGGCAGAGGUGAGCGGGCGCUUCACGGCCGAUGGGAAGGACGUCCUGGAGUUCCUGGCCAACCCAGCCAACUACCCGGUCUCCAUCCGCUUUGGCCGCCCGCGCCUCUCCUCCAAUGAGAAGCUCAUGCUGGCCUCCAUGUUCCACUCGUUGUUUGCCAUCGGGUCCCAGCUCUCUCCAGAGCCCGGCAGCUCGGGCAUCGAGAUGCUGGAGACGGACACCUUCAAGCUCCACUGCUUCCAGACCCUGACAGGGAUCAAGUUUGUGGUGCUUGCUGACCCCAGGCAGUCAGGGAUAGAUGCCCUCCUGCGCAAGAUCUACGAGAUCUAUUCCGACUUUGCGCUGAAGAACCCUUUCUACUCUUUGGAGAUGCCGAUCAGGUGCGAGCUCUUUGACCAGAACCUGAAAUUAGCCCUUGAAGUAGCAGAGAAAGCAGGACCCUUUGGGCCAGGAUUAUAGGAUAUUUCUGUUGGACUUUCACCUGAUGGACUUUCCUGGGAAUCGCUGCCUCUUGGGACAGAGGUCAAGGCCCAGUUCUGGAGGCCUGAAACCACCAUUGUUGUGUUGAUGGGCCUUCAACCACAGGAGAGAGCAGCCGACUGGCGCCUCAGGAGCAGAAAAGGUGGCUGCACAACUUCUUAAAUAUGUACAUUCUAGAUGUAUAUGAUAUAUGUGUGUCUGUUAUAUUGUACUAUUAAUUUAAGACUGGAAUAUUAUGCCUUGUUUGUGGAAAUGAAGCAUUUUGCAAUGGA